GCGUAUUUGUGAUAUAAUAAAAAACAAUAAUAAUAAUAAAUGUCGCGUACAUUGGGUCGGGUAUUGGGACAAUUAAGCCAACGUAACGGGAAUCUGAUAUACCACCCCACUUUCACAUGCACUGCCAUAGGCCAAGGGCCUAAUCUCAUAAAGAAUCAAGCUGCCUCAUACUCCUCGAAACGUAAUGGCAAUGGGCCGCCUUCGGAUGCUGGCCAGCCAUUUAAGACAGUGACCCGUAGAACUGGGUUGGACGGCGACGAUGAUGAACUGAAUAGCUUGGAAAGGGAGCCAAAUUGGGAACUGACUUCGCUAAAGCAUAAUCGCUUCUAUUUGCCAAAUGCCACAGGUCCCGCCUGGCAGGGUGACACUUCCACAGUAAGUCUCCUGGCUCCGCUGUCGCAGUUGGUCAACUUCCUAGGAGAACCCAAUGAAAAUAAAUCGCGACUAGAGUUCAGCUGUUGUCAGUGUCCCAUGUUAAUACGUGAGACCUUAAUUGAAUUGUUUCCCGUACGUGCUGUUGCCCAAAAAGAUUCAGCCAUCACAUUGCUUACACUUCGGUAUGAGGGCGACAUAGAGACAGGUGCUGCCAAGUUUGUUUUAGCUGGCCGGGAUAUCAGUGAUCGACUCCUGUCGCUGGGUUAUUGGGCAGACUUUUUGAAUCCGUUCAGUGGUCGUCCCUAUUUCAUGCCACGCGAUGGAUCCAUAUUGUAUAAGCAAGAUUCUCGUUUUCGAGGCAUAAACAUGCGUCUGACAAAGCAUAAUGAAUGUAUGGUGAUUGCAGCCGAGGAUGAGGAUAAUGACGAAGAUGCCGUUGCGGGUGGUUCUCAUUUCUCAGGCACAAUAUACUGCACUGCGCCAAAUAAUUACAAUACUCUACUGGAGCUGCUGAUGGUUAAAACAAAGUCGACAACGACGUGACUGCUUCCUAUCCAAACAUUAGCAGCGACGACGAUGACAAAAUCGAAAUGAUAGGAAAACUGUGUUAACUGUUAGAAAAUUGAUUUCCUCCACCCCCUUUGUUUCCAUUUUUUUGUUAUAUAUUAUUA